AUGACAGAUUCUAUCUCUAGAAUUACCUCUGCUUUGGAAUCAGCAAGAGAUUUAACUCUAGAAGCUGCAGCUGCUGCCUCUUCAAGACUUGGAUCAAAGGGUAUGUACAAACCAAUAAAACCAAGUGACUUAAGAGAUUUGCUAAACUCAAAAAAUGAAAGAGAUGUCAAAAAAGCCUUGAAAGCUUUAAUGUUUUCUAUAUCCACUCAACGAGAAGACCAGGUGGGAAGCUUAUUUCCCGAUGUAUUAAAAAAUAUUAACUGUCAUGAUUUGAAAACAAGAAGAAUGGUUUACAUAUACUUGUUAAGAUUCUCAGAAAUUGACUCAAAUACAGCUUUACUAUCAAUUAAUUCAAUCCAGCAAAGCUUGACUGAUAAAAAUCCGGAAGGUAGAGCUCUUGCUUUAGAAGUUUUGUCUUCAAUGAAAAUCCCCUCUAUAUAUCCAUUGGUUUUAUACUCUGUCAAAGAAAUGAUUAAAGAUACCUCUUAUAAAGUAAGAUCUGUGGUUGUUACAUCUUUUGCUAGAUUGUAUGAAAAAAAGUUUCUUUCAAGUGCUGAUUUAGUUGGACCUCUAAAAGAUUUGUUGUCUGAUUCGGACUAUCGUGUUGUUGGACCAGCUUUUAAUCUUUUGUCAGACUUCAUUGAAGAAGAUGCAAAAUACAUUGAAUUAUUACAUGGUUACUUCCGUAGGUAUUGUAGAGAUUUGUGCAACUUUGACUCAUUUUUCAUUCCAAGGGUGAUUGAAGUAUUGUUAGGCUAUUGUAAACAAUUUUUAAAACCUGAAUGUGAUGACUUGCAAUUAUUUUUAAAUUCAUUGACAGGUAAUAUAUUAUACUCUUUUAAUGAAUAUGUGUUAUUGGCGGCUGCUAAAGCAUUUUACCAACUUUCUUCAAAUGAAGCUUUUGCACAAAGCCCGCUUUCCUCUGCAUUGGUUAAAUCCUUUUCCAUGGCUAACAAACAAAUUAAAAGCAUUGUGGCCGAAAACAUAUUGUUUUAUGAAGUAAAAUGUCCUGAAUGUUUUUCCAAGCACUUGACAAAAUUUUUUUUAUUGCCAACUGUUGAUUCACAAAAAAUAAUGGCGUUGAAGAUACAAAUCAUGGCACAUUUAGUGGACGCAAACAAUAUUGAUUUUAUAGUGGAUGAAUUUCAAGAUUAUGCUCUAUGUACUGCUUUGCCAUCUAGUAUCAGGAGUCUCAGUAUUAGAUGUUUAACUGUAUGUGAAGAUAUCAGUGAUAAACACAGAAAUAGAAUAAUGGGAUGGUUAUUAAGAAUUUUUAAAUCGCACAACUAUACAGGCGAUACUGAGAUAACUAACUCAUUGAUUACCUUGUUACGUUGUAUUAUAUCCAAAAACCCAGCAUCACAUACCAAAACACUUUGGAUGCUCGCUAAAGUCUUGAUUGAUUCUUCAACCAUGUCGCAGGUCUUGGAUGAUUCAAAAGCGGGUAUUAUCUGGAUAUUGGGUGAAUUUUUGUUUGUAAAAUAUGAGAUUGGUGCAGAAGUUUUACGCCAUUUAUUGCCUAUAUUUGCUGGACAAUCCGUUACUGUAAAGUUGCAAAUAUUGAAUUUUUCCUCUAAACUUUUGUGCUAUGAUAUUGAUCGCCAAAAACUUCUUUCUCCUGAUAUUGAUUAUGAUUUCGAACAGUCUGUUUUUUCAAAAAUGUUUGAAGCUUUAGUAGAUUUAGCCAAAUUUGAUGAUGACUAUGACAUAAGAGACAGAACAAGAACAUAUUAUUCAUUGUUUCAUAAAUUUGAUUAUCAAAUUGCCACGUUGUUAUUGCAAGCUCCGAAACAACAACCAAAAAUCUUGGAGGAUAUUUCUUUAAUUAGUUUGGAAACAAAAAGUUUCCAAAAGAGCGAGUGCUGGGCUUAUGAAGAUAUUAAUGAAAAUAACAACGGGUCAUUUUUGAGAGACAAGGAAGAACCGAUUAAAGAUUAUUCCAGAUCGAGAAGGGGUAUUUCUUCGAAUGAUUAUUUUGUUUCGAAAUCGAAAGAAUUUGAAAGAAAUCCUGAGAGAGGGGCAAACACAAACACAAAUACAAGAAUAAAGAAUCAAAAUGGCAACUAUAAUUCAUCUAGAUCGAAAGUAUCAUAUAAAUUGAAGAGUUUAGACGAGUUUUUUGCUGAUAUUCCAACUACAAAACCCAAAUCGAAAAGAAGGAUAAUUAUUCAGGAAGAAUCAUCCUCAAGUGAAGAAAAAGAGGAUGAAGAAGAUGAAGAUGACAAUAAUAAAGAUAUUGAUUAUGACGACGACGACGACGACGACGAAGAAGAAGAAGAAGAAGAAGAAGAAGAAGAAAGUGAAUCCGAUAACGAGAAUGAGGACUACAACAAUGAACAUAAUAGUGGCGAGGUUACUGACACCGAUUACGCGGUAAGAAAUGCCAAUAAAGACGGAAAUAUUGCCCAGACAUAUAGUGAAAUAAAUAACUGA